GCACUCCUGCCAAGCCCGGCGAAGAACUAGACGUGUAUAUUUUCUCGCUGUUUAAUGAGAACCGGAAGCCUGGACUUGAAUCGGAGAGAAACUGGGAUUGUUUUAUCCCGACCAGACUAGUGUCUGUAACCUCGACUUCACUGGGAAAGGUACUAUUGACAUGAUAAACAGCGCGAGCGGCUCCAUAUCGAAUGUAACAACAUGGUGCAUUGCUUCUGAAGAAGAUUUACAGAAUGCUCUAGAUUGGGCUUGUGGUCCUGGGAAUGUGGAUUGCUCGCCUAUUCAGCCGAGCCAUCCAUGUUUCGAGCCUGAUAAUACACUUUCUAAUGCCUCCUUCGCAUUCAACAGUUACUACCAGCAAAAGUGGCGCUACCGAUGUGGCUUGCAGUUUUGGGGAAAUGGGGUCAAAGUUGACAAGGAUCCUAGCUAUGAUAAUUGCAUCUAUGUUACUACACGAGGGGUCAACAAAACCGCAACAAGUAAUACAACUGCUUUUGCUAGCUCUUCUUCGUCAUCCAGACGGAUUCGUUCUAAUCCCGGACAAUGUGUUCGACACAUCUUUUUCAAGGCAAUUAAGGAGAGUCUGACAUGGAUUUGGGGUGGGAGGAACUUCCUGCUGAAUCUAGCUUUUUGUAUGGUAUACGAUGAGAUGCUGUAA